GUUGAGCCUUGUUUUGGGAAAGCCUCGUGUCGCUGUUACUAUUUGUUCUCGCGAGAGGACAGGAACGUUCCAUGGCUGCUUCCUAUCCUUGAAACGGACUAGCAUAUUGAGUUACCAAAUAACAUAUUGAAGGUCCCUUUAUGCAGAAUUAAAGCUGCAGGUAGCUGCUUGUAAGUUAUACGAGCCGCUUUAGUGUCGAACGGUAAGCUGAUUUACAAACUUUUUUGCGGAAGUUGAAUGCCGAUAAUCGUGUUGUUUUAGUUCACGACUCUACAGACCGAAUAAACAGGAUGUCCAAUUCAAUGUUGUCAAUGUCGUGUAAACCUAAGAAACCAGUCAGCGGUAAAACGCAUCAGCCUACAGGAGAUAGCUGGAGUCUGAACUAUGUUACUGGGGACCUGUUCUCCUGCCCCGGUGACGAGGCUCUGGCCCACUGCAUCAGUGAGGACUGCCGCAUGGGGGCAGGCAUAGCACUGGCAUUCAGGAAGAGGUUCGGACGGGUCCCAGAGCUAAAAGAGCAGAAAAAGCAGACGGGGCAGUGUGCUGUACUGAAAAUAGGCGGACGUUAUGUCUACUAUCUGGUCACAAAGAAAAAGGCCAGCCAUAAACCCAAAUACGACAACCUGAAAAUGAGCCUGGAGGACAUGAGGUCACACUGCUUAGAGAACGGAGUCACAAGAAUAUCAAUACCUCGUAUUGGUUGUGGCCUGGAUCGACUGCAGUGGAAAGAAGUGUCGAAUAUACUGGACGAGGUCUUCAAAGACGCAUGCAUCUCCAUCACAGUGUACAGCUGUCCUGAGAGAACAGAGACCACAGUGAUGAAGGAAAAUAUGCGCAAAUAGUUGAUGUAAAUUUUCUGUAAUAUUCCUGCAGUCUGUGGUCAUGAUCAUGAGUUUUCAGUCAUGGAAAAUAAAUGGAAAUAAAUGUUCUUUUUUGCAUAGCAAAGUCAAGCGAACCAUCUUGAGCUUAAUAAAAUUUAUAAUUGUG